AUGGCAGGAUACCCGGGACAGCGCCCGUACGGCGGUGGUCCGCCCGCGCCUCGUCCCGGUCCCGGCUCUGCGCCCCCAUCGCGGGGUCCUCCUCCCCAGCAAUAUGACAAUUAUCAGCAAGACGCGUAUGGCUACGACUACUACGACGACGGAGGCUACGGCCCGGAAUACGGCGGCCAAUACCAGGAUCCCAACUACGCCAGAGGCCCCCCGCCCCCGAAUCAAGGCUAUCCGCCGCAGGACUACUACGCUGGUGGCCCUGGGACCAAUGGCCCCCCGAGAGGAGGACGACCGCCUCAAAUGGGAAGGGGCGGUCCCAUACCCCGUCCGCCGACGGCCGAUGGCACUCGCGGCGCACACCCGCCCCGGGGCGGACCAGGAGGUCGAGGAGGCUUCCCCAUGGGCCGAGGAGGUCGCCCUGCCCAGUACGAACGAUCGGCCAAUUCAGAGCCUACCCCCAAUCGCCACCGCCCGCAAGACCCAGGGCCAUUGAGCCCGCCCGGUCCCCAAGGCUUUGGUGGCGCUUUCCCGGCAUUCCCGGGGCAGGGUCGCAAGACGGACCUCGACGCGGAGGCCGCCAUUCUGAACAAGAUGGCCGGGAUGGACAUCACUGGCAGUCAACGGCCUUCUGGUCCUCCCAACGGCAGAGUGCCACCACCGCGAGAUCCCCGCCGCGGUCCGGACCCAGGGUACGGGCCCGACUUACGAGGCGACGGCUACGGUCCACCGGGACCCCCGAGAGACGACUUCGGUCCUCCUUCUAGGAGCAUGACGAUGCCCGUCAACGAUGGAUCGCAACGACGCGCGCCUCCGCCGCGCAUGGAUCCAUAUGGUGGCGGUCCUCCGGGGCCCCCGCGCAAUGGAGUACCCCCUCGACCUUCGACGGCCCAAGGAAACCGCCCCCCUCCCCAGCGCAUGUAUCCCCCGAAUCCGAUGCCGCAGCCGCCUCUGCACCAACCUCAGCAGCACCACCAGCACCAGCAACCACCCCUUCAACAUGGCGGAUAUGGUGGUGAGUACGAUGGCGGCCAGGACCCAUACCGGGAUACUAGAGCGUCCUUUGGCGAUGUCUACGAUGCGUAUUACCAUUCCACGCGCAUGAGCAACCAGAGCAACGCAAGCUACGCCCAGCACGACGUUCCCGACUUUAACGCGGCGCCAGCCAAUGGCCCUCGCGAAUCCUUCGACCAGCACAUGAGGCCCGGCAUCGCCCAGCACACCCAGCCAGGUGCCAAGCGCGUGCCCGAGAUGAGCCGGACAAAGUCGCAACCCGAUUUGAGGCAAUCGCAGCAGGCCGUGUUCGAGAUGGCUGGUGAUGCCCCGCCGAUGCCACCGAUGGACAACGGGUACCAGGAAGCUUACAACGGACAGAACGGCUGGGACCAGCCGCAAAACCCCCAGAUGGGGCGUCCUGGCAUGCCCCAGGGCCCUUCGCCCAACCGCGGCCCCGACAGUCUUCCAUCGCACCCAGCUCCCGUGCGACCUGGCCACAUGCCUAACUCGAUGGUCAACAUGAACGACAAGCCUGCGCCGAUCCGCAACUAUAGCGGCGCGUCCAACGUGCCGACGCCUCCCGCGGGUCCUGGCGGUGCGCCCCCGCCGCAGCAGCAAAUGCUGCCUCACCAACCGAGCAAGUCCUCGCUGCAAGACAUCACCACACCCGUUACCCAAGAGGAACUAGAGCGAUUGCGACAGACCAUCAAGUCCAACCCGAACGACCAGGAGUCCGCCUUGAGGCUGGCAAAGAGACUUGUGGAAGCUGCCGAUGUUCUGGCCCCUGCCCUCGCAGAUCCUAAGAUGAGGACCCGCGGCCGCGAGAGGUAUCUCGCCGAUGCCAACAAAAUUCUCAAGAAGCUUUCGAGCGCGCAAAAUCCCGAGGCCAUGUUCUUCUUUGCCGAUUGCCUGGGUCGUGGCUUGUUCGGGCUGGAGCCCGAUAACAAGGAGGCCUUUACGCUGUACCAAUCGGCUGCUAAGCUCGGGCACGCGGCGGCGGCCUACCGGACGGCGGUGUGCUGCGAGAUUGGUCACGAAGAAGGCGGCGGCACCAGAAAGGAUCCUCUGAAAGCGAUUCAGUGGUAUAAGAGAGCCGCUACUCUCGGAGACACGCCUGCCAUGUACAAAGUCGGCAUGAUCCUUCUGAAGGGCCUUCUCGGCCAGCAAAAGAACCCCCGCGAGGCUGUUGGAUGGCUGAAGAGGGCAGCUGAACGGGCUGAUGCCGAGAAUCCUCACGCCUUGCACGAGCUGGGCUUGUUGUACGAAUCGGCUGCCCCCAAUGAUGCAAUCAUCAAGGAUGAGGCGUACGCGUUUACUCUCUUCAGGCAGGCGGCUGAUCUUGGCUAUAAAUUCUCACAGUAUCGCCUGGGCUGUGCGUUCGAGUACGGCUUGAUGGGUUGCCCCGUGGAUCCCCGGCAGUCCAUCAUGUGGUACUCGCGUGCAGCCCAGCAGGGCGAGCAUCAAUCCGAGUUGUCGCUUAGUGGUUGGUAUCUCACCGGCAGCGAUAACGUCUUGCAGCAGAGCGACACGGAGGCGUAUUUGUGGGCCCGCAAGGCUGCUACAGCUGGUCUGGCAAAGGCUGAGUACGCGAUGGGCUACUUCACCGAAGUGGGCAUCGGUGUGCCGGCUAACAUGGAGGACGCAAAGCGUUGGUACUGGAGAGCGGCUGCCCAGGAUUUCCCCAAGGCCCGUGAGCGUCUCGAGGACCUCAAACGCGCCGGCAAGGGCGGCCCUCGUCAGCGGGAGCGCAUCUCGCGCAGCAAGAUCGGCAAGCAACAGGAGGGCGAGUGCUCCGUCAUGUAG